AUGGCGACGAACCUGAAAAGCCCGCUCUUUGUGCAGGUGAUGAACUACUUCUGCUCUUUCUUCUUCUUUGUUGAGCUGAUCAUGCGGAUGAUGGCGUAUCGUAUUGAAUUCUUCACGCGCCCUGGGAGCAGAGGCUGGAAUAUUUUUGAUUUGCUACUCGUCCUAGUGUCCUUCGUUGAUCUGGCCUCCGCCUUCUUCACUCGGGAUCCCACCGUGGACGUCCUCCAAGCCGUGAAGAUCUUGAAGAUGUUGCGCAUCGCUCGCAUCUUUCGCGUGUUCCGAUUCUCGCGCGAGCUGUCCUUGAUGGCGCUGAUGAUCGUUGACUCCAUGCGAUCCUUGAUGUGGGCCACUUUGCUCAGCGGGGCACCGGGUAUGGCUGGAAAGGGUCCCACAUGGUAUCAGGACCUGCAGAAACUGGCCCCAGAGAAUGUGAAUGACAUCAAGAACAAUUUCGGCACGCUCUAUGUUACCACCUACAGCCUCCUACGCUCCAUGCUGGGUGGCAUCAAUUGGGGGAUUCUAUGUGAUAUGCUGUUGAAAAUGGACACCAUUUCUCCGAUGCUCUUCAUUUUCUACAUCUUGUUCACCAUGCUGGCUGUCUUGAACAUUGUGACAGGAGUCUUCGUGGACAAUGCUGGAGCAGCGGCCAAGACUCAGCGAGACUAUAUCAUUGAAAAGGAGCGAGAAGUGAAAGAGACCUACAUCCGCGAGCUUCAAAAUCUCUUCUGGCAGAUGGAUGAUGAUGAGUCCGGGACGCUCACAGCAGAGGAGAUGCAACAAUUGGUGAAGGACCCCAGAAUGGCGGCAUAUUUCACAGCUCUGGGUUUUGAACCUCAUGAUUGCGUGCGCUUGUUCACCCUCUUGGACACCGAUUCGUCAGGCACUGUGGAUAUUGAGGAAUUUCUCGAUGGUUGCUUGCGCUUGAAGGGAUUUGCGCGGAGUAUUGAUGUUCACUUCAUCAUGGUGCUGAUACAUCGCUUGCAGAAACAGCCUCUUGUGGGGCAAGGGUGGGAGUCGCAGGUGAGUCAGCAGACAAGGAGAGGGAAGGAUUUUGAGGAGGAGGAGACUCACGAGGAGGACAGCCGAGUCCUCCCCUCCUUGGCUGCUGGGGCGGGGAAGCCUGAGCUUCAGCCCCGCUGGUCUGAGCCAGUGGGAGUCCCCAUGGCGGCUAAGAGAAUGGAGGAGGAGAAGAAAAGGCUCCUUUCAAAAGGGGGCUUGUUGGAUGAUUGGAACGGCAUGCUCACACGUGGCCUUCCUCCGGAGGAAUUGAGCUGGAGAGAUGGAAGGGACUAUGGUGAGGCCAUUUUGGAGGUGGCAAGAAGCUCCCUGGUCAAAGGAGGGCUCUUUGAGUACGAGUGCUACGAUGACAGGAAAAAGCCACAAGGUAGGGCUUUGCUCAUGUUGAAGGAUUGGGACAACUUCCCUGAAGGUCGGCUGGAAGGAGCACACUUGGUGGCAUCCGAUCCUUACUAUGAGUGGUAUGCCCAGCACCACUUGAAGGAAAACAGGUGCGUUUAUCACCUGUGCAGUGAUGAAGUUGGAAAGUGCAAGGCAAAAUUGCCCCGAGGAGAUCGUCGAGAAGUGGUUCAUGUGCAAAGAUGGCGGCUGGUAAAUCCUUUGACUAUGGUCGAGAACGACUACAUGAGAGAGUUUGCAUUGGGUAUGAUUAAGGAUUGGGUCACCAGCUUUGUCCCGACGGAGAGGGUGCCGGAGCCUCCGGGUAUUCCUCCUCCAGAGGCCCCACGUGGGCCAGGGGGUGGAGCAAGAAAUGACCCGACUGGCCUAGACAAGGCGGCACGUGAGGCCGCUAUGGAGGUGGAUGAAGCUGAAAAUAAGGAUUUUCGCAUGCCCUCGGCCCGGGGGGAGGACGAACUUUGGCGGCUGUCCAAAAAGCACCCCGGGAAGUUGCUGCGGCGCACCAUGAAGGAACUUCAGAGGUAUCUCGGCGAGAUGGGGGCCGAGGGAGACGCCCCGGAAAGCUGGAUGCGAUACCGAAUGCUCGGCUACAUCAACCAGAUCGUGCUGGUGCAGCACCCUCCGAACACCAUCGGGGUUCGCAACUAUCGCGAGCUCAUCACGCUGGGCAAUGGGAUCGACUUCUUACUCCAAGGUCGCCUAGCAGAACUGGGCGACCUGAUGGUUCAGCGCCUGAAAGCCCUGGAAACCUCCUUCGGGGAACAGGGCUGGCACACAGCUCGCCAUCAGGAGCUGAUUCCUCCACAGGCAGCGAGCCUGACCACGGAGGAGGAGCGUCGUCGGGCCGCCCGGCAGGAGCUGGCAAACUCGAAGCUCCGUCAACUGAGCCUGAAGAACAGAGGAACCCAGGAGGCUCAGAGAAGGAGUGCGUCGCCUCAGGGUCAAAGAAGAGUGACCAUCAACGAGACGCCCCUGCGGAUCCCCGAGCCGGGGCAGGAGGUGGAGGCACCGGGUCCUCGCGCCGGAGCCUUGAAGGUGAGGCUGGAAGAGGAAGGGCCAAGGAAAGAAGGGGCGGCGCAGUCCUACCCCAGUGGAUGGUCCUAUGAGCAGGAGUCCCUUGAGACCGUCGACGUAGCGGAAAACGGCCAGUCGCUUCUUGACGCCAUGAAGGGUUGGCUGAGAUCAGAAGAAUGUGGGGGCCUCACCGUCUCGCAGAACGGAGCGCUGGUAGCCUUGGCCACCUUCAGAAGUGGCACCCCAUUGGGCCAAUACUUGGAACGUCUGGUGAAGCCAGGGUCAGACGUCGGCACAGAAGGGACCAGACAGCGGAGUCUUCUUCCCUUGCCGCUUUUGCCAGACUCUGCAACGGUGCUCUCGAAGGUGUUUGAAACGGGCGAGUUCAAACGACUUGCUGGCACAUGGGGUGCCAAGAAGCUGAACAAGGAAAAGGCUGGCAAAGAGAUGAGACGAGUGGGGCUCUUGAUAUGGCACGGCCUGGUGGUGACUCUCCUGAACUUUCUGUGGAGCGGUGGAGGAGCAAAGGGCCCGGUUCAUCAGGGUCAGCCGAGCAAGGCACAGAGAAUGGCCAAUGAUAGGCUGUGGGGCCUGGUCAAGGAUUUCGUGGAUGACAGCUCUGAGUCAAAGGACAAGCUUCCCCGGUCUCCCGACAUGGGGGAGUGGGGGAAGCGACUUGGAGACGUGCGCAUCUCCUACCAUGGCGAGGUUGUGGAGAAGGCACAAAAACUGACGCUUGAUCAGAUCAUGCCAGGUCUCCCACCGCCAGGCUAUGGUGCCAGCGUGCCACUCACUGAACUCUGUGAUGGGGAAUUGAAGAUGAAGUUGGAAAACCCCCUGUCCAAUCUGCUGCCUGAGGAAGAAAUGCCAGACGACAUCCCGGCUCCUAAGGUCCAUGCCUCAGAAGAGCAGUGGGAGAAGAUCGUCAAGGAGCUUCAUGCGAGGGGGUUAGUGAGACCCGUUGAGGAGCCCCUGGAAGUGAAGGGCAAGCCGCUGCUUAAUGGCUCCUUUGGCGUAGUGAAGCCAGGGAAAUUCCUGGACGAUGAGAGGCCUAUCUUGAGGUUAAUCAUGGACUUCAGGGCCACGAACGCGGUGACCAAGAUCCUGGCCGGCGAUGUGAGGACCUUGAGUGGGUCACCGGCCUUGCAACAUGUGGUCCUCCCCCAAGGGAGAGUUUUGAGGCUGUCGGCUGAUGAUUUGGUGUCAGCCUUCUACCUGUUUGCUCUGCCAGCUGAAUGGUCACGGCUGAUGUGCUUCUCAGGCAAAGUAAGCUGGCGUGCCCUCGGCUAUGAAAAGGAGGGUUCGGUCCAUGUCGGGGCGACAGUGCUGCCCAUGGGUUGGGCCUCUGCCGUGGGUGUCUUACAGCACGCCCACCGCAAUCUGGCGUUGAGGAAUCCCUUGUCAGGUGGUGCUGGUUUGUUGGGGCGAUGCGAGAUCAGAAGGGAUAGCUUGUUCCCUGACCUGGAAGUAGAAGAUCGCCUCUGGAGUCUGUAUCUGGAUGAUACGAACCUUCUGGAAGUCUUGGAAGAGAAGGUGGCGAAGGAUAUGGAAGGAAAGACGUCAGCGGAGCAAGAUCAGCUGCGCAAGGCGUAUCAGCACUGGGGGAUUCCAGUCUGCCCCAACAAGAGCCUGGUGCGGGCCGCAAAGGGUGAGAAGCUCGGUGCAGUGUUGGAUGGUGACAGAGGCAUCUUGAAAGGAGCUACACGCCGGGCCCUGGACAGUAUCUCUCUUGGGAUGUGGAUUUUGAGGCAAGAAUUUGUGCCCAGAAAAUCCCUCCAAGUGCUGCUCGGGCGUGAGGUGCAUACUAUGCAGUUCAGGAGGCCCAUCUUUGGGGUCUUUGACUAUCUCUGGAAGGAGAUUAGUGAUGGGGCCGUGAUGCUGGACUUGGGGUCGAAGGCCUGUGAGGAGAUCUUCAUGGCGGCUAUGAGCCAGCCGCUUCGGGUUACGGAUCUCCGGUCGAAGAUUCACGAGGUGGUGACAGCCUCGGAUGCGAGCGAGUCAGGUGGAGGAAUCGUCUGGGGGGGGAAGCUCACGAGCCAAGGCAUUAAAGAGGCCUACUUGGUGGAGGAAGAAUUGGAAGAGCUCCCCAUUGACACGCCGAACUUUGACGACCCUCAAGUUAUCUUGGUCUUUGAUUUCUUUGCUGGCAUCGGUGGUUUGUCACGAGCCUUGCAGCUGGCCCGUGUCAAGGUGGAUCGAUUGGUGAUCAUCGAGAAGGACCCUCAUUGCAGGAGGCUGAAUUCUGUCAGGUGGCCUGGAUGUGAUAUCUGGAGCGACAUUGAACGCGUAUCAAAGAAAGACGUAGACAGGAUGAUGAGGAGUGUGCCGGGCCUCACUGGGGUGCUGGCAGGAGGUGGUUCUCCAUGCCAAGGAUUGUCGAAGCUUUCAAGCGACAGACAGCAUCUGGAAGACCCCCGCUCGCGCCUGUUCUACUGCUACAGCACCAUUUUGGGCUGGAUCGAGGAGGUGGCGAAGGAGAUGGACAUCUGGUGCUUCCUCGGCCUUGAGAAUGUCGUUGGCGACGAUGCCGAUAUCCAGGAGAUGAAUGCUGUCCUGGGGACCAAGCCCUUGCUAGUUUGUGCUAGCGGGCUGUCACGGGUACGUCGGCCAAGGUUGUACUGGUCCAAUGUGACUUUGGAGGAUCAUGGAAGUUUCACCCGGGCACACCAUGACUUGUAUGAUGAAGUUAUUUUUGAAGAGGAGCCCGAGCCGCUGAGCCUGGUGCCUGAUGAGGGCUGGCAUUGGCCGGGGGGUGAGGCCGAUGAGUCACUCAGGCUUCCAACUUUCACCAGGGCAAUUCCUCGGAAACGUCCCCCAGCAGAACCAGCUGGAUUGAAGUCAUGUGAUGAGGAGACAGUCCAGAGAUGGAAAGCAGACAGGAUGAAGUACCCCCCGUACACUUACCAGGAAAAGUUCCUCAUGGCAAGGUCUGGUUCAAGUCAAGUCGAGCGGGUGGCCAGUGUAGGAGAGCGAGAACGCCUUAUGGGGUUUCCUACGGGCUACACGCUGGCCCUGCACAAGAAGGAGGCUGCCGAUGAAGCCGAAAGGGAUCGUCAGGUGGUGGAAAGGGAAGCCGCGCUUGGAAAUAGCUUCCAUGCAGUCACUUUGGCGUGCCUUCUGGAUUUGUGGUUGUGGUCCAUGCAGGUACGCACGGAUCCUCUGGGUGCCCGUGCCAUUGUGCAGGCCUGGCAUGAGGAUAUGGGAAAGGAUCACUAUGACAGCUAUGGGUUGCUGGAGGUGACGGGGUCAAAAGAGAGGGAUGAUGGUGAUGUUUUGGACGAGGAAGAAGCAGUGAUGGCGCGCGAGAUGUCCGAGAGGCGUGCUGAAUGGUUAAGGCUCUGUGCACACCAUGGAAAAGACAAUGACCCCAGCAUGUUGGGGGUCAGGCUGAUCCACCAGUACCUGCGCCGGAUGGAGUUCAGGGGCUCGGACGUCCGGUUGGACCUGGGUGUGGCCUAUAGGCCUGAUGCCAUCAUCCGGACAACAGUGAACCCGGGUCGAUGGGCAUGGAAGGUAGCCCAGUCUUGGAAGUGGAAGAGAGCAGAACACAUAAAUCUGCUGGAGUUGCGAUCCAUCCUGCGCACGCUGGAAUGGCGGGCGCGAAGCUCCACUUUCCACUCUUGCAGGUUCCUGCACUUGUCCGACUCCCAAAUAUGCUUGUCAGUCUUGGUAAAGGGCCGCUCCUCGUCGCGGAAGAUCAAUCGCAUUCUCCGCCGCAUUUGUUCGCUCUGCCUUGCCUUGAACCUUUAUCCACUUUGGGCUGAGCGGAAGAAGGAGCGAGAAAAGAUUGGCAAGCUACGGGAUCAACAGGUCACUGCCGUGACGAAAACCAGGUACCAGACAGCUAUUGAAGCUGUGGCCUCCUUUGGGGGGGUGUCAGUCUCGCGCCUCCUGGCACUGCCUGGUCUGGAUGACCUGCUGAGCAGAUAUGUUGAAAGGUUGUGGGAGGAUGGCGACACAAAAACUAUGGCAAGCUAUGCCCUUGCGGCCAUGCAGUAUCACCGCCCAUCUUUGAAAGGGCAUUUGCAACAGAGCUGGCGCCUUUUGUCAUUGUGGAAUAAGCUGGAGCAGCCCCGACGGGCCACACCUAUGGACCCCAAACUUUUGUUGGCCUUUGCUGGCGUCUUUCUCAAAUGGCGGUGGGCCGACUUGGCUCAUUUGAUCAUCCUGGGAUUUUGCGGGAUGCUGCGCACAGGGGAAAUGUUCCAGCUUCGACGGCAAGAUGUCGUGCUACCGCGAUAUCCACACCAGUCGGCCAUUUUGUUUUUGCAUGACACCAAGACAGCACAACGGAAUUUACUCCUGCAAGAGAAGGUACUCAUAUCCGAAGAGAUGGGUAUCAAGAGUUUGCAAUUCCUCUGCAAGGGGAAGAAACCAGGUGAUUCUCUGGUGGAGGAGAAUGCCCCUCAGUUCCGUUCCAUAUGGAAAGAGGUGGUGGCUCACCUCAAGCUGGAGAAAUUAAACUACAUGCCCUACUCCCUACGUCGGGGAGCAGCCACUUCUGCCUACCGUGAGGGCAUGGGUUUUGAUCAACUUUUGUCCAAAGGACGUUGGCAGCACAUCGCCACAGCGCGAUUGUACUUAGACCAAGCCCUACAAGAGCUCGCAGCCAUCUCCAUCCCUAUGGAAUCUGAGCUCAAUGGCUUAGUGCGCCACCCCGAGCGCCCCGAGCGUUCGGAACGGACUGACAAGGCGCGGUCACGUCCAGCCGUACCCUCCAAACCGCUGGUGGAUCUGGUGGAUCGGAAAAGACAAACGAAGCCGAACCCCUCGGCGCUGCCAGCUUCGUAG